ACAGUGGGCUAGGGGUGGAGGCUUUGCACCAGUGAAAGUAAACUAAUCCUACUCCGGUUGCGUUCGUGCCAAGAACGGGCGGAGACACAAAAAGUUAAAGGAACUGUCUCAGAUUGGCUAUGUUGCUAAAUCUAUUUUAAUAAUUCGUGAAGUAGGCAACAAGAAAUUGUGUUUGUGGAAUUAUUCACACUAAAGUGUUUUUGUAUCUGAAAGGAAAAGGUAAGAUGCGUCGAUUAUCCUAAUAGGCUUUUAGAUUGUAUAACGGUCCGCCCUGGAGGUUUGACUUUUGUUGUCUAGUCAACCAUCAUUUAAAUAAAGUGCUAAAGGGCUCCAGAGCGCUAGGAUGUCAGUGAGCGUGACGACGGACAUCAACGCAGAUAAACUGACCGACAGACAGCAGGCUCUGCUCCAGAAAGGCGAGCAGAAGGCAUUGGGGGUGUCCCAAGUAAUGAUUGGUGUGAUGGUGAUGUCCUACUCCCUCCCCCUCCUCUCCACUGAAUUCACAGAGGUCGUGAACUUUGGAGUGCCCUGGUGGAGCGGCCUAUCGUACAUAGCAGCAGGAGUCGUUGCCAUAGUGAUGGAGAAACACAGCAGUAUGAAAUUGCUGGGUGUGUGUAUGGUGGUGACACUGGUGGCCAUUUUGGUUUCUCUCCUGGCCCUCAUCUUCUACUUCAUCGACCUCCACAACAAUCCAGAGACACCGUGUAACCACCCCCUGGCCCCCGCAACACACUACAUACAGGUGUAUGAAUGUGACCACCAGCACUAUGCCACUAUGUUCAGUUAUGGAGUAAAGACGUCCCUCCUUCUCUUCACCAUCAUCCAGAUCUCCAUCUCCUCAACGCUCUCUUACAUCCUGUACAUGGAGAGGAGGCGUUACGGAACAUACUCAUCUCUCAAUCAAGGUGUUCCCUCGACUCCCAUACUGGUCACUGCUCCCGACUUCAACUGACCAAUAACAACUGCAGAAGGACUUUAACUGACCAAUCCCAUCUGCAGACAGAUGUCCACCAAUUCCCCUGUUAUGAUAUUAAUGAUUUGUCCACCACAGAUGGUUUGUUUAAGUUUCUACCAUUGUGGCUUUAUGUUAUUGUUUUUGAAUGUGUAGCAUGAAGCUGUGGAAUUGAUAUGGAUGUGAUUCCAUAGUAUUUGAAAACAUAAAUAAAUGUAACCUUUAUUAAUUUUACAAUAUAAAAUUCUUAUUUACAAUGACGGCCGACCUUAGUAUGUAGUGUUUUACUACAAUGCAGUGCUAAAUAAUGGUUAAAAUUUUUCCCAAAUUAGUCAUUUGUUUUGUAUAUUUUUACCGAAAUAAAAUAAUUCAUAUAAAAAA